UCAAAAUGAGCACUAAACCUGCAAGAUAAAAAAAUGAAACUCCAAGACUCGAGACAUUGGGGUCAGCAUCAAAACAUGUCUGCAGAGUCAUGGACCCAAUAUCCACGUUCACACAUAGUAUAUUAUACUAUAGGAGUAUUAAAAUAGUCACAUAUAUAGCCUUUAUUAUAUAUUCCUUCUUCAUUAAAUAACCUUCAUAAUCAUAUCCCAAAGCAGAAUAAAAAGCAACAGAACCAACAACUUCUCAGUCAGAUCUUAUUACCAUGAUAUCUCAGACUCAUUCAUGUGUUGUGAUUGCAACAAUAAUAUUUUUUGUUACUGUAGGAGUAAAUUCCAUUUCAGAAGUUGAUAAGAUAAGUAGUUUACCUCAGCAGCCAAAAGUAGGAUUUCAACAAUAUGCUGGUUACAUUACAGUUGAUGAAGUGCAGAAAAGAGCUUUGUUUUACUACUUUGUUGAAGCAGAAGUUGAACCAGCUUCCAAGCCAGUAGUGCUUUGGUUAAAUGGAGGGCCUGGUUGUUCUUCGGUUGGAGCUGGAGCUUUUGUGGAGCAUGGUCCAUUCAAACCAACUAAAAAUGGUCUUAUUAAAAAUGAUUACAGUUGGAACAAAGAGGCAAAUAUGCUAUACUUGGAAUCGCCUGCUGGUGUUGGUUUCUCCUAUUCUACAAAUGAAUCAUUCUACGACUCCGUGAACGAUUAUUUGACAGCAAGGGAUAAUCUUAUUUUUCUACAACAUUGGUUCACUAAAUUCUCAGAAUACAAAAACAACGAGUUCUUUAUCACAGGGGAGAGCUAUGCAGGUCACUAUGUACCCCAACUUGCACAACUCAUUGUUCAAACCAAAAGCAAAUUCAAUCUCAAGGGAAUUGCAAUAGGGAAUCCUCUUCUGGAAUUCAACACAGAUUUCAACUCUAGAGCUGAGUAUCUUUGGUCUCAUGGACUGAUAUCAGAUUCAACCUAUGAUUCCUUCACAAAAAUAUGCAACUUUUCACAAAUUAGAAGACAAUAUGCAAACGGCGCACUUACUACCGUUUGUGCAAGAGUUAAUAGGCUAGUGUCAAUGGAGGUUAGUAGAUAUAUUGAUUCAUAUGAUGUUACUCUUGAUGUGUGUCUAUCAACAGUAGAACAACAAACAUAUGUGCUUACUCAAUUGCAAGAGGGAGAGAAGAUAGAUGUUUGUGUGGAAGAUGAAACAUUCACAUACUUGAAUAGGAAAGAAGUGCAAGAAGCUCUUCAUGCUAAGCUUGUAGGGAUCACCACAUGGACCACUUGUAGUGGAGUUCUCAAAUAUAACAUGCAAAAUUUAGAGAUUCCAACCAUAAAUAUUCUGGGAACACUUGUUAAGUCAGGUGUAAGAGUUCUUGUAUACAGUGGAGAUCAAGAUUCAGUAUUACCGUUGAUUGGUACACGGUCUUUAGUAAAUGGAUUAGCCAAAGACAUCGGUUUGAACACAACAGAGUCCUAUAGAACUUGGUUUAAUGGAAGACAGGUAGCUGGAUGGACACAAGUAUAUGGUGACAUGUUAUCCUUUGCAACCAUAAGAGGAGCAUCUCAUGAGGCUCCAUUUUCACAACCAGGGAGAUCUUUGGUGCUGCUAAAGGCAUUUUUGGAAGGAAAAUCACUUCCAACUAUUCUUUGAUAUAUGAAUUCACUGCGUAACACAACUGUAGUGUAUUCAGUCUGGAACCACUAGGGAAUGCAACUACAUAGACAAAAUAUAGCUUUUUGAUAAAUAAACAUAUAGAGUAACGUGUAGAAGCUGUAAAUUCCUGCAUAUUUUUUGCCAGCAUCUAUCAUAAUAAUACAUAAAUUCGUUCAGGUUUCAGAGUCAAACCUUUACCUGUUGACUUCCUAGAGUUGUCAAACUUUGGAUUAUGAAAGAAUGUCAAGAUCUGUAUUAGUCUCACCA